AGAAAAUGUCGGGGCAGACGCUCACGGACCGCAUCGCCGCUGCGCAGUACCAGCUGACGGGCUCCGACAUGGCCCGGGCGGUCUGCAAGGCCACGACGCACGAAGUGAUGGCGCCCAAGAAGAAGCACCUGGACUAUUUGGUGUCGGCCACCAACACCACCAACGUGAACAUCCCUCAGAUGGCCGACACGCUGUUCGAGCGAGCCACCAACGCCAGCUGGGUGGUCGUCUUCAAGGCCCUCGUCACCACCCAUCACAUGUGUGUCCACGGCAACGAGAGGUUCAUUCAGUAUUUGGCUUCCAGGACUUCCUUAUUCAACCUUAGCAACUUUAUUGACAAAACCGGCUCCCAUGGCUACGACAUGUCUACGUUCAUCAGGCGGUAUGGACGGUACCUGAACGAGAAAGCCUUCGCUUACCGCCAGAUGGCUUUCGACUUCACCAGAGUGAAGAAAGGCGCCGAGGGAGUGAUGAGAACUAUGACCACCGAGAAGCUGCUGAAGGGGAUGCCGGUUCUGCAGACUCAGAUCGACACACUGCUGGAGUUCGAUGUUCAUCCCAAGGAGCUGAACAACGGCAUCAUCAAUGCUGCGUUCCUGCUCCUCUUCAAGGACCUGGUCAAACUGUUUGCGUCCUACAACGACGGAAUCAUCAACCUAUUAGAGAAAUUCUUCAAGAUGAAGAAAAGCGACUGUAAGGAGGCGCUGGAGAUCUACAAGAGGUUCCUGACCAGGGUGACGAAGAUCGGAGAGUUCAUGAAGCUGGCCGAGACAGUUGGAGUUGACAAAAACGACAUUCCUGACAUCAACUACGCUCCCAGCAGUAUCCUGGAGUCUCUGGAAACACACAUGAACGGCCUGGAGGACGUAAAAGGCGGAAAGAAGGGGUCUCCAACAAAGGGGUCUCCAACAAACAACGUGUCUCCGACAUCAACUCCGGCCAAAUCUUCAAACGCCGUCCCGACGCUGCAGCCUCCUCCUGGGGAGAGCGCCGGAGCCGCCGCCUCAGCUGCUCCUGAACCAGCCGAAGAUUCUUUGUUGGACCUGGAUCCUCUGAGCUCCUCUGGUCCCUCAGCACCAUCAGCUGCCCCCACAUCCUGGGGAGAUCUUCUUGGAUCAGAAAUGGGUGACUCUUUGCUAUCCGAACCCACCCUCACAGCAGAGCCCGCCCCUUCCCCUGCAGCGGCCACGCCCACUCCGGCAGCGGCAGAACCCGGAGGCUCUCUAGCUCCUCCCACUAGCACCGCAGCUGCCGCCUCCCCUGGCGCCGCCGCCACCGCCGGUAAUAUGGAUCUGUUGGGAGAUGCCUUCGCCACGCCUGCUCCCGCCGCCGAGGCCUCAGCGGCUGCAGCCGAAGGCGGAGCUGCAGCUACGACCGCCCCGGCCGCCAACGCUGGAGCCGACCCCUUUGCUCCGUCCGACUGUAGCUCCACGGUGGCGUCCUCGGGUCUCGACCUCUUUGGCCUGAUGUCGGCAGAGACCCCGGCGAGCUCCCUGGAUGCCUGCUUUAGCUCCCCUUCCCCCUCGCCGCUGUUCGCCUCCUCCAGCACCAUCGUCACCACCACCGCCACCAUCUCCGCCCCGCUAACGACCAGCCCUGCUAACGACCUUUUCAGCGACAUCUUUGACUCGAUGCCGGACGUCUCCGGAUCGGAUCCCGGUGCUGACUUAUUCUCAGGAGUGGAUGUGUUCAGCUCCCCCGUCCUCUCCUCAGCACCCCCACCCAAAAUAGACACUGGAGGCAUCAUGAACCUGUUUGGUGAGUCCACAGGAGGCGAUGCCCCGGCUGCUGCUGCUGCUGCUGCUGCCCCCGGAGCCGAGCUCAUGUCAGUAUUUGAUGGAUUAGGGGAUGUAAUGAAGCCCACUGUGACCCCGCAGGCGGCCGACGUUGACGCUUCCAUGGCCAACAUGGCGGCCAAUCUGACGAUGGGACCCCCAGCGGCCCCUCAGGUAGCUCCCCCCUGUUGGGGUGCUCCCAUGACCUCACCCAUGGGUCCCAGCUUCUUCAUGGCCGGGGCACCAGGCGCCGGAGCUCCCAUGAUGCCGAUGGCGAGGCCGGGCUUCCCAGCAGCCGGAGCAGCUCCCGGAGCCCCGAUGUCUCCUGGAGUGGCCCAGAGCCCUAGAAAGCCUCCACCACCCAGGAACGCUCUGGACGACCUCAACAUUAAGGAUUUCAUGUAGACUGAUGGACCCAGAAACCCCCAAAGGUUUGUCAUUUGUGUCUGGAGCUCUGUGGAUGUGGAUGUCUGCACUUCCUGCCCUCCUUCCCCUUCAGCCAACCAGCCGUCAUCUCUUCGCCCUCCGACCUUCCAGCCGUAAAAUAAAAAAACAAAACCAAAAAAAAACCACCCUUCCUUAUCUAAUGUUGUAGCACAACUGUGAAUGUGAACCCUAGAUACAGAAAAACAGAAUUUGUGUGUGUGGGUGUGCGUGUACUUCAGUGUUAACCUUUACUUAAUAUACUUACUUGGGGGGAAAAACAAAACAAAAAAUAAAUAAAUAAAUAAAUAAAUGUGUAUUUAGAUUCAUUCUGGAGUUCAGCUGAAUGGAAUGGUGGAUUUGUGUCGGUUUUCUUUCUCCCAGACGAGGACUGUGUUGUUAAAUGUGGAUGUGUUCGGUGUAACUUCACUGGCCAACCCUCCUACUCCUACUCCCAGCCUCACUCCCAGCCCCAGUCCCACCACUCCCAGUCCCACCACUCCCCCUGACUGUGUUUAACGUCCUUAAAGACUCGGUUGUUCCUGUAUCUGCCCGGCCGUCCAUCCUCCCGCCUGGAUCCAAAUGCAAAUCUGGACUUAUUAUCAUCCUUGUGUGUUCAUUUUUACUUUGUUUUUGUUUGUUUUUUUUAGCAUAUGUUAUUCCACGAAACAUGCAAAAAAAAAAAUAUCUGUGAACGGAGUCGACAUAUGCAUUUUAGACUAUUUUCGAUGAUAGAUUAAACAUAUUUUCUUUAUUUUGAGUGAAUAAAAUGUAUCAUAUAUUUUUAGUUACAUUAAAUUAUACGGUUGAAAACAAACAAAAAACGGCAAGUAGAGCGAAAAACCCUCCCCGGCUCUUUGUACAUACCUCUAAAUCUGUGGAAAGAGGCGGUGUGGAGUGGAAGCUGCUGCCCCCUGCUGGCAUGGAGUGGAACUGCAUUGGAUUUAUUCUCUCAAAGAGCUCCUUCCUGAGUGGAAAACGGAAGAGAAAAACCAGGCAGCGUUAGUGAUUCUGGGCUGGAUGUUCUGUGUGUCGUUUAUUUCCAAGCAGUGACUGUAUCUUAAUCCAUUGUGGCAAGUGUUGAACGAAAAAUAAAGGCGACUGUGACACAUGAAAACAAAAAGAACGUGGAGGAAUAAUGUUUGUUCAUAGCAAGGCUGUGGUUUUUUUGGGUUCUCUUUUUUUUUGUUCUUUUGGAAUUUCUUUUUUGGGUUUUUAUGGAUGGCAUCGUCCUCCCUCCCUCGACCCCACCUGCAUGUGAGUCCAAAUGAGAUGCAAUAAAAGACAAAUACACCGA